CAAAUGAAGUUCGCUGGGGACUCACGGAACAUGUUUCUCUUCAUGCAAAGUUCUUUUUUUUUUUUUUUUUUCAAUUUUUAAUGAUAUUUAAUUUAGUUUUAUUUUCACAAUUUAUGGCUCCCACAUGGGACAUGUCAUAAACUCUGUUGCAUCAGCACACGUUAUUAUCCCAACAAAGAGUAUGCAGAAAACAGGUUCCUUUUUCAUUAUAAUCCGUAGUUUCCAUUUCCCUAUAAUAAUUACUCAACAGCACCGUCCCGUUUGUUACGAGAAAGUAGUGAAAUUGCUUUUGGUUCCAUCUUUGUCCCCUCUCAUUCGCAGAUACUCUGCUUCUGAUAACAGAUGGUGAAGAGAAUAAGGUCUGAUAUGGGACCAUUUUCCAUGCAAAAGCAUAACCAUUUCUGUGUUAAGUUUGCAGUCUCAUUUUUCUUGGUGGGUCUCGUUAUUCGCCUUCUCUUGUGGGAUUCAUUCAGCUUGUUUUCAUCAAUCGUGGUGGAAACACCUCCUCCUCUGGCAGAGGCAAAAGCAGAUUCCCCUGUUUUAUCUUCCCCACUUCAGGUUUCUGAUUCUGAUGACUUUCCAGGGAAUAACCAGACCCAAAUUUCUAAGGAUGUUGCAGAAAAAUGUGAUCUUUUUGUGGGAGAUUGGGUGCCAGACCUAACUGGUCCAGAAUACACUAAUGAGAGCUGCCAUGUGAUUGAGCCUCAUCAAAAUUGUAUAAAAAAUGGACGCCCUGAUUCAGGGUACCUUUACUGGAGAUGGAGCCCACGAGACUGUAAAUUGCCCAAGUUCAAUCCCAAGAAGUUUCUUAAACUUAUGAGAAAUAAAUCAAUGUCCUUUAUUGGUGAUUCCAUCUCCCGCAACCAAGUGCAAUCCCUACUUUGCAUUCUCUCAAAGGUGGAACCAGCUGUUGAGGUCUACCAUGACAAGGAAUACAGAUCAAAGAUAUGGAAAUUCCGUUCUCACAACUUCACACUUUCAGUAAUCUGGACCCCUUUCCUUGUCAAAGCAGCUAUAUUUGAGGACAUGAAUGGAGUUACCUCUUCAGAGAUACAGCUUUAUCUUGACAAACUUGACAACAAGUGGACUAACCAAUACAAAAAUUUUGAUUAUGUCAUAAUUGGUGGUGGAAAAUGGUUUCUCAAGACUGCAAUAUACCAUGAAAACAGCACAGUCACAGGUUGCCACUACUGCCCUGGAAGGAACUUAACAGAGCUAGGAUUUGAUUAUGCAUACCGCAAAGUACUACAAGAAGUGUUCAACUUCUUCGCAAAGUCUAACCACAAAGCCACUGUUCUCUUCAGAACCACCACACCAGACCACUUUGAGAAUGGUGAGUGGUUUAGUGGAGGGUAUUGUAAUAGAACUGUACCUUUCAAAGAGGGUCAGAUACAUAUGAUAGAUGUAGAUUCCAUCAUGCGUGGUAUUGAACUUGAAGAGUUUGAGAAGGCUAUUUCCUUAGGAUCUGACAAAAGGGUGAAGUUGAAACUUUUGGACACAACUCUUCUUUCACUGUUGAGACCAGAUGGGCAUCCAGGACCUUACCGGCAGUUCCAUCCAUUUGCAAAGGAUAAGAAUGCUAAGGUUCAGAAUGAUUGUCUACAUUGGUGUUUGCCAGGACCAAUUGACUCGUGGAAUGACAUAAUAAUGGAAAUGCUAGUCAAUGCAUGAAAAUGUCAUAAAUGUAAUCAUCAAGGUUUGAAGCUGGUUUCAACUAUGAUUAUUGAAGUUCAUGGUAGUUUCUUCCAAUACCUUUUAUUAGUUUGCAAAGGGCAGUUUUAUACACAAAGCCAUUAGGUUGAGCUAUAUUUUCUGUACAUGGAACUGUAUAGGGUAAUCAAAGUUUGCAAAGCACAAAAGAGGGGAUACGUACUCAGUUUGUUGCAGUACAACGAUGUAAACCUUAGCACUCAAUUAUAAAAUAGUCUCUUUUUCACCACAUUUUUUAUAAGGAAGACUUGCCUAUUUUCCUUAUACUUAGAUGAAGAAAUAAAGUCUCAAAUUGAAUAAUUCUGAAGUGGUAUGACUGCACUUUUCUGUGCAAACAGCCAAGUUUCUUGCAACCUUGAUAGCAUCAAAGUACAUAGGUGGAAUUAAAAGAGUAGAUUCUGGCCAUUGAAACAUUUCGUGAGUUUGUGUAAAUAAAACAUGUAUGAAAUGGCAUCCUAGUGCUAUGUAAGGCAUUUAUAAACCAUACUUGUUGGCUGUUGCCUUAUAGCAAACCGUAUUUUCAACUUGUAAUUAUCACUAUCCAUUUUGUAAAUAAUGUAUAUAAGAGAACCCGUAG